CCUCCCUCCCCUCCUCUGAUCAUAAAGGACAAAACACUCUGUCCUGAGUUUAGAACCCUUUACAGUUGCUGAGGUGUUAACACUGUUGGUCAUCCUCUGCUCAUCAUCAACCAAUCAUGCGGUCUGCUCUGAUCCUUCUGCUGUGUGUCCUGGGAGCAGCCCUGUGGUCCGCCGCAUUGGCCAACAAUGCAAAUGUUCCUGUAGAAUGCUGUUUCAAGUAUUACCCAAGAAAAAUCCCCAGACAUUCCGUCAGGGAAUAUGAAAUGACCAGAUCUGACUGCUCUAAGAGGGCAGUCAUCUUGGUCACAAAAAAGAACUUCCGCUUCUGUGCCAAUCCAGAUGACCCUUCGAUUGAGAAGAUCAUGAAGUCCAUUGAUGAGAGUAAAUUCUAGUAACCACUUCCCAGGAAGAAGGCUAAUGUCUAAACAUGUCAACUCCUGCUCCUACUUCCUUUUCAGCUAUGUGUAAAAUAACUGUUUUUACAUGUAGUGACAAAGUGUCAAUUGAUAUGCUAGCAAUCAUGAUAAUUUAGUAUAUGUGUAACACGUGUAUCAGAUGUAAUGAUCAUGUUAUGAACAUGAAAUAUAUUUUAUCACUCAACAAAAGGGUUUACCAAGGGAAACUUCCAAAAGGACUAAUUUGAGUCAGAAAGGAGUUGGAGCACUCCACAAAAAAAGGCAGAGAGGAAUUUCUUAUUUGGAUGAGUACAGGUGACUGACGUUUCAAUGUCAAGCUGACGUCUUCCUCAGAGUGACCGGACAAUUUCACUUAACUCCUAUUUGUAGCCUACUGAGACACAUCAAUGUAAAAAUAAGGUCAAAAUCACUAAAUAAUAAUUAUACAAAUCUGGUGUCUUGUUGUUGACCAAUAGGUCAUAUAUAAAAAUCAAUGAUCUACCUUGGGGGUAUUUGAGUGUCUGUGAAAAGGGAGGCACAAAGACCCCAAAAAUCAAGGCAGCUACAUUAGAAAAACCCAAACCUUGAAUCAUGUUGUUUUCAUUUUUACAUUGUUGUGUCUCAGUAGGCGACUAUGCUAUAAAUAGAGUUAAAUGCAAUGGUCAGGUCACUCUGAGGACGAUGUCAGCUUGACGUCGAAACAUCAGUCACCUGUACUCAUCCUGAACAACGGAUUAAAGUGAGCAAAUAAUAAAUGAAUUUCUGCCUUUUUUUGUUGAGUUCUCCAAAUUUUUUCUGCCUCAAAUUAGUCCUUUAGGCAGUUUAUCUUGGUAAGCCUUUUUGUUGGAAUUUUGUCAUUGUCAAACAUCCCUUCUCCCUUUAUGUGUUUGCUGUAGCGCGGACGCCUUCCUGAUCUCUCAUCUAUACUUCAUCCCUUUUUUAGAAGCUGUCAUUUUCUUCUCUCACAAACAUUUAUCAUGUGUGAAUAAUACUGCAUGUAGUGGCUGUCUUUUGUCUGGAACAAUAAAAUAUACCACUUUUA